CCCAAUUAUAGAAUCUUAGGUACACCAGGAGUUGGAAAGACUACUCUAGGUAAAGAACUUGCAUCAAGAACAGGGCUGACAUAUGUUAAUGUGGGCGAUUUGGCACAAGAAGGACAGUUAUAUGAUGGCUAUGAUGAAGAAUAUGAAUGUCCUAUUUUGGAUGAAGACAGAGUAGUUGAUGAGUUAGAAAAUAAAAUGAAAGAAGGUGGAGUUAUUGUUGAUUACCAUGGCUGUGACUUCUUCCCUGAACGAUGGUUUCAUAUAGUUUUUGUGCUCCAAACAGAUAAUUCUAUAUUAUAUUCAAGACUUGAAAAGAGGGGAUACACUGUAAAGAAACUACAGAACAAUAUUCAAUGUGAAAUUUUUCAAAUUCUUUAUGAAGAAGCCUUGGCCUCCUACAAGCAUGAAAUAGUAUACCGGCUGCCCAGCAAUGUACCAGAAGAACUAGAGAGUAAUUUAGAUCAGAUAAUGAAAUGGAUUGAGCAGUGGAUAAAAGAUAAUAAUUGAACUUUGAGGGUGAAAGCAUGGACUUUGAAGGCUUUCCACAUGAUGGUUAAAGAUUUUGUUGAUGAGUUCCCCCUCCCCCUGCAAUAGAAAUUAAGAUAACAUACACCAAAUUUAUGGUCCAAGAUUGUAGAAGUUGAACAAGUGGACAAUAUAUAAGAUUGAGUUAUGUCUAAAUUAAUUUUUUUUCUCCAUGAGAAAACUGAAAACCCCAAGUACAAUGAAUAAGUUUACUAAGGACUUUUAAAGUUUAGGAAUAUUCACCAUUGUCAUUUAUUUUGGUUAACUGCUAUAGAAUAAGCAAAAUUGAGAAAAUAGGUGAAAAUCUUUAAUAUUUGACACAAAGAAAAUGAAGGCUAGGAAGAACUGCUGACUUAUAAAUAAAUAAAAGAGUCUAAGGAUAAAGCUAAAAAAAAAAAAAAAA